CAGGGAUAGAAGCAUCCAUCGUGGGAAAGUGUGGGCCUAGCAUCACGUGAUCUUUCAACGUCGUCGCGCCGGUUGCGAUAACAUCGCCAAGAUCCGAUCCGGACGAGGGGGCCCAUGUCGCACUUUUUCCAGUUGAAGAGGCAGGCAAGCUCUUAUGGUCAUACACAUCGAAGAACUCUGAAUUUCGGCAAGCUAUCGCGAGUAUCUCAGCAGCAGUCACUGAAGAUGUACCGAGUCUCUCGUCAGGCCUUGCGGGCUGCCCCAUCGAAAUCUAUGAUGACGGCCCGCUACUCUUCGCUCGCCUCUAAGAUGGCAGACGAAGUAUCGUCCAAAUGGAAGGGAACUACUGCCAACGGUGGAAACACGAAGAACUACAUUGGCGGAGAGUUCAGAGAGAGUUCAGCUACCAAAUGGUUAGAUGUGCUGGACCCUUCCACACAGACCGUUGUGAACCGUGUGCCGGAGACGACGGAGAGUGAAUUCAACUCUGCAGUCGCGGCAGCGGCAGAGGCCUACAAAGAAUGGUCCCAGACCAGUAUCAUCCGCCGUCAGAGGAUUAUCUUUGAAUUGCAACAUUUGAUACGUCAGCACACCUCUGAUAUUGCAAAAUCCAUCGUCUUGGAACAAGGCAAGACAUUUGCAGACGCUCAAGGAGAUGUGCAGAGAGGUCUCCAGGUCGUCGAGACCGCUUCCGCCAUUACCUCAACAUUACUCGGUGACAAAUUAGAAGUAGCCAAAGACAUGGACACAUACUCUCGUCGACUCCCGCUCGGAGUCACAGCGGCCAUUACACCCUUCAACUUUCCCGCCAUGAUCGUCUUGUGGUCCGCUGCGUUGGCAACAGUGACUGGAAACACGUUGGUCGUCAAACCUUCUGAGCGAGACCCAGGUGCCACCAUGAUUAUUGCGGAAUUGUGUGAACGGGCCGGUAUGCCUCCAGGUGUAUUCAACGUCGUCCACGGCAGCGCAGACACAGUCAACAGGAUAUGCGACCACAAGGAUAUCAAGGCUAUCUCGUUCGUUGGAGGAGACAAUGCCGGAAAGCACAUCUACAACAGAGCGACUCCUCAAGGAAAACGAGUGCAGGCAAAUCUCGGAGCCAAGAAUCACUGCGUCAUCAUGCCUGACGCCAAUCGAAACUUGACCCUCAACGCUGUGGCCGGUGCAGGAUUUGGAGCCGCAGGUCAGCGAUGUAUGGCUCUGUCUGUCGCAAUCUUUGUCGGAGCUGCUCGCGAGAUGAUCCCAGAAUUGAUCGAGCGAGCAAGAGCUCUCAAAGUAUCCGGUGGAUUCGAGGACGGAACUGAUCUCGGGCCAGUCAUCUCCCCACAGGCGAAGGAGAGAAUCGAAGGCUUCAUCGCCUCUGUUCCGAAGGAGGGCGGAAAGAUCUUGGUAGAUGGACGUGGCGUCGAGGUCCCUGGUUACCCCAAGGGCAACUUUGUUGGACCGACUCUCGUCGAAGUCACCACUGACAUGUCCGCAUACAAGAACGAGAUCUUCGGACCUGUCCUCAGCGUCAUCUGCGCCGAGACACUGGACGAAGCCAUCGAAAUCAUCAAUGCUAAUAAAUACGGAAACGGAGCUGCCAUCUUCACCAACAAUGGUGCUACGGCGAGACGGUUCGAAGUGGAAGCUCAACCAGGUCAAAUCGGAAUCAAUGUCGCUGUCCCCGUUCCAUUGCCCAUGUUCAACUGGUCAGGUAACAAGGGUUCAUUCAUGGGUGACAUUCCAUUCUACGGAAAGACUGGACUCGACUUUUACACUCAGCGCAAGACCACUACAUCCCUGUGGCCAGCUCAGGAUGCCAUUGGAAAUAAGGCAACCGUCGCCAUGCCACAAUUCCACUAGAUCAGGACAGCACUGGCAUGAAUGUGUAUUGCAUACAACAU